CUGCAGUGUAUUAGUUUCAUUUGAACCUCCCCCUCCGCCGGCCGCCCCAGCAGCACGGCGAGCACGCGCUGCAGUGACCACCUCGCAAUGGGACAACCGCUCUGACGGGACUACUUCAGACAGAAUACAGAAAACCUGGCGACUUCUCCGAAAUAUUUGAUAAAUACAAUCCCGCAUAACGAAUUGUCUUUGCUUUCCCACCUCGAGAAUCGAACCUAUGAAUUAUAAGUAUGGGGAAAGCGUUUGGUUUAUUUUUAAGAGGCAUCACUUUGUUCUUUGGGCUGUUUGGUGAAGGUGUGUGGGGGCUGUACUUCCCCCAGAAUGAUUACUCUGAGGUGGUGUACGUGGGACAGGAAGUGGGCACGCCCGUGCUGCAGCUCCACGCGAUGGCGGAGCGGGCGGCGGAGAGGCCGCACUUCUACCUGUGCUGGAGCAACCCGCUGAAGCCGCCGCCCUACGCCGCCUGGUUCCACCUGGACGGGAGCACCGGGGUCCUGUCCAUGAACAGGACUCUGGAGGGGAGGGACUUCGCCUCGCUCUACAGGGGCGGGGCGGGGACCUGGAAAAAGCUCGCUCUGAAGGCGGCGGCGUCGCCCAAACCCGUGCGGCACGCCACCUGCCUCCGCCACCCCAGCGUCCCCAUCACCCUCAACUUCGUCAACGCCACGGCGCCCCCCUGUGGCCACCUGAAGCUGGAGAGCCUGUGCUUCCCCGAGCGGGACUCCAACCCGCACAUCAGGGAGAACCGGCUCCCCGGGCCCUUCCGCCAACUCCGCCGCCUCGCCUGGCAGGACGCCUGCCCCAACUUCACCAUCUCCUACUCCAUGGAAGCAGCAGACCUCUCCGCGCCGUUCGCGGUCAACGAGAACACGUCGGAGCUGGCGGUCUCCCGCUCGCUGGACCGCGAGGAGCGCGAGAUGUACAACCUGGAGAUCGUGUGCGCGGUGCGGACCGAGGACCGGCUGCACAAGGUCUUCGCCGCGCUGCUGGUCAACGUCCACGACGAGGACGACAACGCCCCCUACCUGAACGGCUCCGACACCGGGGAGGUGGUGCUGGAGUUCGGCCGCAAGCGGAACACCAUAUUCGGCAGCCUGUUGGUGUUCGACAGGGACACCACGCCCAUAUACCCGAAAGACGAGACUCACAACAAGUUCGUGGGACAGAUGGUGACGCGGGACCCCUGGGUGAAAGAGCAUUUUGACGUCACGCACUCGUUCAGGGAAGAGAAAGCCCUCUUCGGCAACGUGCGCGGGACCGUUCACGAGUACCGGCUGAACCUGACCAGAGACCUUCUGGUGACGGAGAAGCGCUCCGUCCAGGUGGACUACCUGGUGAACGACACCUCCUUUCUGGGCCCGGGGCAGACGGUCAUGCUCCACUUCAACGUGACCAUCCUGCCGGUCCACAUCUCGUUCGGCAACGUCACCUACCGCUUCCUGGUGUCCAGAAGAUCUGCCGCCUUUUCACGGGUGGGCCAGGUGUGCGUGGAGGACUGCCCGCAGUUCCAGGGCAUCAACCUGACGUACAGCCUGGCGCCGGCGGAGCGGAACCUGUCGGCGGCGGCGCGGGCGUGCCACGCGGCGGUGGCGGUGGAGCAGAGCCGCUCCCAGGUGCUGGGCUUCCUGUUCCUGAACCGCAGCGAGCCGCUGCGCCGGCCCGAGUGCCAGGACCUGCUGUACGUGGUGACGGCGCAGGAGAGGCGCACCCUCCUGCAGGCCCAGACGCAGCUGCUCGUCCUCUUCCACUCCGAGCCGGAUAAGGAGGACCCGGAGGAGCGCGUUCCGCAGUACUGCGCCGAGUGGAAGGAGCGCAGGAAGUGCGAGGCAGCCGCGGGCCUGGGCACGCCCACCGGCCGCUGCCAGUGGAGACAGGGCACCGAAAAAGGAAUAUCCAGGAACUACUCCACCUGUUCCCCAGACCUCAGGACGUGCCCAGACGGUCACUGUGAUGUCAUCGAAAGCAAAGACCCAGGAAUAUGCCCUCAGGACUGCACUCUCGUUCCCAUCGUUGGCGGGCAUGAGCAAGGCCUGUCUGGGAUAAGAGCUGGACACGGGACCUGCUCCUGCGACAGUGACCGCUGCACCUGCGAAAAGACCGACAUCGAAGAGCCGCUGUGCGACGACAUGUGCAAGACCAUCAUCGCCACGGCGGUCCUGCUGUCCUUCAUCGUGUCCGUGCUUCUGUCCUCCUACUUCAUCCACCGCUACCACAAGAGCAGCCCCAAGCCGCCCAUCGCCUCCGCCGAGAUGACCUUCCGCCGCCCCGCCCAGUCCUACCCCAUCAGCUACUCCGCCAACAACGUCCGCAGGCCCUCGCUGGACUCCAUGGAGAACCAAGUGGCCAUUGACACCUUCAAAAUACCUGAGGAUCCAAAGUGGGAAUUUCCAAGAAAGAACCUGGUACUUGGGAAAACCCUGGGAGAAGGCGAGUUCGGGAAGGUCGUCAAGGCGACGGCGUUCCGGCUGAAAGGGAAGGCGGGGUACACCACCGUCGCCGUGAAAAUGCUCAAAGAAAACGCCUCUCACAGCGAGCUUCGCGACCUCUUGUCGGAGUUCACCCUGCUCAAGCAAGUCAACCACCCGCACGUCAUUAAGAUGUACGGGGCCUGCAGCCAAGACGGUCCCCUGUACCUGAUCGUCGAGUACGCCAAGUACGGGUCGCUGCGCAACUUCCUGCGGGAGAGCCGGAAGGUGGGCCCCAGCUACAUGGGCGGCGGCGACGGCAACCGCAACUCCAGCUACCUGGAGAACCCGGACGAGCGGGUGCUGACCAUGGGCGACCUCAUCUCCUUCGCCUGGCAGAUCUCCCGCGGCAUGCAGUACCUGGCCGAGAUGAAGCUUGUUCAUCGUGACCUGGCAGCGAGGAACGUGCUGGUGGCCGAGGGGAGGAAGAUGAAGAUUUCAGAUUUCGGGCUGUCCAGGGAUGUGUACGAAGAAGACUCCUACGUCAAAAGGAGCAAGGGUCGCAUCCCGGUAAAAUGGAUGGCAAUUGAGUCCCUGUUUGACCACAUUUACACAACACAAAGCGACGUCUGGUCUUUUGGGGUGCUUCUGUGGGAGAUUGUGACCCUCGGGGGUAACCCGUACCCUGGCAUCGCCCCCGAACGACUCUUCAACCUCCUCAAGACCGGCUACCGGAUGGAGCGACCCGAAAACUGCACAGAAGAAAUGUACAAUCUGAUGCUGCGCUGCUGGAAGCAGGAGUCAGACAAACGGCCCACUUUCUCAGAGAUCAGCAAGGAGCUGGAGAAGAUGAUGGUGAAGAGCCGAGAUUACUUGGACCUGGCGGCCUCCACCCCGGCCGACUCCCUGCUGUACGACGACGCCCUCUCAGAAGAGGACACGCCCCUUGUGGACUGUAAUAAUGCUCCCCUCCCCCGCGCUCUUCCCUCCACUUGGAUUGAGAACAAGCUCUAUGGCAUGUCUUACCCGAACUGGCCUGAGAAGAGUCCGGUACUGCUCACCAGACUGGAUGGCACUAACCCAGUCUUUACAAGAUAUGCCAAUGAUAGUGUUUAUGCAAACUGGAUGAUUCCGCCUUCUACGGCAAAACUUAUGGACAAGUUUGAUAGCUAAAAACAAAUCUUUAAAAAAAAGAAAAAAGAAAAAAAACAAAGAAAUCUCAAAGUGUGUAGAUGUGUAUAUUUAUAUAUAAAUGUGUAUAUAUAUAAACAGUGUGAAGCUAAAGUGGGUUCCCUUUCAUUUCUGUAGCACGGGUAUUUGAAUAGAGGGCCACUGGGUGAAAGUGCGCUAUCUCUGCCGUGAAACGGCUUCAUUACAAGAGCCACGGAUCUUUUCAGGGGGCUUUUCGGCAUGUUGGUGCCUAACUUCACGCCGAGCUGCGUGUUUGCAUGACCGUUUCAAAGUGGCUUGCCAGUGUUUAUUUUCUGCCGCCUGCGACGCUACCACGGUAACCGCGCGAGUUCUUACCGCUGGGCCGAGAGGAGAACCGCAGUGCCGCCCCAGGAAUUAAAGGGGACCUCUUUAUCGUCGUCAGCCGAGUUCGUUCGGUUCGUCCGAGCACACCCGGAAGGGACAGCGGUGUCCGCGAAAAGACUGGCAGUUUCUAGACGGAAGGAUGACGUUCUUUUACGAUGCAAGUAACGAUUUUUGUGCUUCUUCUGUUUUAAACGUCUGUCACCUUCCCGAGAGUAGACCUGUAUUUGCAAAAAAAAACUGAGAAAACAUCUAAUUAUUUAUGUAAGUGGAAUAUAGGUUCUCUUCAUGCCACAGCUAUCAAAGUAUCUGUUAUGCUAGGGACAUGAAACAUGUAGUGUACCGUAUGGCCACACCCAGUGCUGUCCUGGGACCCAAUCCUUUAGGAUCCUACUCCAUGUCACGACCUCCUUUGUGAAACUGAGGUGAUUAAUCAAAAUGAUUAUAUUCAACAAAUGAGUGUAAUUUGUAAAAACAUGAUUAAGUUGCAAUCAAUAAAAACACUGAAAGACGCAUCGCCCUUGGUUUAAGUUUGUAAUAAAAGCGACCAAAUACUGA